AAACAACAACAGCUGUCACUUUCCUCCAUUUUUUCUUCUCUCUCUCUUACUUACUCAAAGUUUUUUAAAAAUGAUAUCAAUAAACCCUAAAUCAGGAAAGCAAAGUUACAAUUAAAGCAAGUAAAUCAUUUCUUAACUUAGUAAUAGCAAUUAUCAUCACUUUCUCUCUCUCCUCUUUCUCUUAUUUGCAUUAUUGAAGUAGCAGCCACACUUGUUGUCUCCACUUUCUCUUGCUAAACCCCAUCAUCAUCUUCUCUUUUUUUUUUUUUUUCUUUUUUCACUUGUCUCAUUUUUUUAUCUUUCUCUUUUGGAGUUUCUUCUUCUUCUACUGACUCUACUACUGUUAGGACUUAGGUGUGGAUGGAUUUGUGAGAGAAGAAGACCAAGGAGAAGAAAAACAAAAUCUUUGAAUGGACUGGAAUUUCAAACUUAGCUCUGGUUAUUUAUCUGGAUUCGAUCAAGAACCGGAUUUAUCACCAAUGGAUGGUUCGAUCUCGUUUGGUGGGUCUUCACAGUCAAAAGGGGAAUUUUCAUUUGAUCUGAAACUUGGAAGAAACAAUGGAAACUCUUCCUCUGUUUUUGGUGAUACAGAGCAAGUGAUAAGUCUAAGUAAGUGGAAAGAGAGUUCUUUGGCUAAACCAGAGAGUUCAAGAAGCUCGAGUUCAAAGAGAACAAGAGGGAAUGGUGUUGGAACCAACCAGAUGCCGAUUUGUUUAGUUGAUGGAUGUAAUUCUGAUUUUAGUAAUUGUAGAGAGUAUCAUAAGAGACAUAAGGUUUGUGAUGUUCAUUCAAAAACUCCUGUGGUUACUAUUAAUGGUCAUAAGCAGAGGUUUUGUCAACAAUGCAGCAGGUUUCAUGCUUUGGAAGAGUUUGAUGAAGGGAAGAGAAGUUGUAGAAAACGUCUUGAUGGACAUAAUCGAAGAAGGCGGAAGCCGCAGCCUGAACAUAUCGGUCGUCCUGCGAACUUCUUUACGGGUUUUCAAGGUAGCAAAUUGCUAGAGUUUUCGGGCGGUUCACAUGUGUUUCCAACUACAUCUGUGUUGAACCCGAGCUGGGGAAAUAGUCUUGUAAGCGUUGCUGUGGCCGCCAAUGGUUCGAGUUACGGGCAGAACCAGAGCUAUGUUGGUUCUUCUCCUGCUAAGACAGGGAUAAUGUUUCCAAUCUCUUCUUCUCCAAACAGUAGCAGAGGCAUAGGGAAACAAUUCGCUUUCUUGCAAGAAGAAGAAAGCUCGAGAACAGCAUCGUUGUGUGAGAGAAUGACGAGUUGCAUCCAUGACUCUGAUUGUGCUCUCUCUCUUCUGUCAUCCUCCUCGUCGUCAGUCCCUCAUCUGCUUCAGCCACCACUUUCUUUGUCCCAAGAAGCAGUUGAGACAGUUUUUUACGGGUCGGCAUUGUUUGAGAAUGCGAGUGCAGUCUCUGAUGGAUCGGUUAUAUCCAGUAAUGAGGCUGUCGCUCUUCCGCAGACGUUCCCGUUUCAUUGGGAGUAGUAUAAGAAGAAGAAGUAGGUAGAUAGAAUCACAAAGAUCUAUUUGUGUCUCUUCUCUUCUCCCUCAAUUUUCUAUGUUCCUAUAUCAUCAUUGUUCUUGUUAAAUGUUGAAUUGUGGGUUUUUUUAUUGACAUUUGAUUAGUUGAUGUGUAGGUUGUGUUGGUCUUGUAGUACCCCAAUUAGCAGUAAGUUAACAGUUGAGAGUAGAUUACUAUUUAUGUACACAUCUUAUUCCAAUUAUAGAAUCUUAGAAGAGCCACUCUUAUGCUU